AUGAAGAAUGACCGUCAAUUGAAGUCCAUCAAUUCCUCAAGUCUAAGUGAGCGGCUUCUCAGGGAGGCUGCCAGAAUGUGUGUCGAUGCAGCCCAAGCUGUCACAUCCCUGGUCGUCGAAACAUUGGACCCUAGCCAGGAUAUCGGCAUCCUCCCUUGGUGGACCCGGAUUUACUAUCUUCACAUUGCCGGUGUGAUUUUCCUCGCAGCCAUGGUCAGACCGGAUUUAUUCACCGAAUCAGUCUCUCAAUCUUGGCAGCUUGUUCUAACAACUCUCCGCGCGCACGUCCACCUGAGUACAUAUGUUCAACAGUGCAUUUGGACUUUCGAGGCCCUCUCGGCCAGAAUCUCACAAACGGGCUGUGUGGAAUUACAAAGCGAGGGCGAGCAUCUGGUGGAUGGUACAGGCUGCCGCUUUGACAACAUCUUCGAAGAUAUCCAGUUUGACUUUGACGAAUUUCUAUUUGGAACAGGAGAAGUGAUCAAUCUUGAUGGGCUAGGGUAG